AUCCACCUCCGUCCGCCACCUCUCCCCUUUCUUCUUCCCCACCUCAGCUGCUCAGCAUCGGCAGCACGCUUCCCCACUCCACACCGCCGCACGAGACACUGGGCUCAGCUGCCGAGCUCAGAACCCAAGAAACCGCGAGAAUCCCAAGUGCCCCACUCCCGAGAGCAGGCAAUGCCUGUCCAGGACCCCUUCUCCUCGCCCUCCGCCGCCGCCGCCGCCGCCGGCGCCCGGCCCAAGCGCACGUCGUCGGCUCCGAUCCGGCCGGCCGACUACGCGCACAGCCCGGCGCAUCACUGCGUCGCGCUGCGUGACGCCGCCGGGCUGUCGGCCAUCCUCGCGGGCCUCCCGCAGCUCGCGCACCCGUCCCGCGUCCUCACCGCUGCCGACGCCGCCCGCGAGGCCUGCCUCGCGUCCUCCGUCUUCGCGGCGCUCGACCGCCGCGACGUGCCGGGGGGUGACACCGCGCUCCAUCUCGCGGUCCGGCUCAGGCUCCCGUCCCUCGCGUCCUCACUCGCCGCCGCCGGCGCGGACCCCACGCUCCAGAACCACGCCGGGUGGACCCCGCUCCAGGAGGCGCUCUGCCUCGGGCGCAGGGACAUCGCCGCCUGCCUCCUCCGUGCCCACCGCCUCGCCGCCUGGGCCAAGCUCCGGCGCCGGGCGCCCGCGCUCUCCGCCGCGCUCCGCCGGGUCCAGGACUUCUACCUCGAGGUGGACUUCCACUUCGAGAGCUCUGUCGUGCCGCUCCUCUCGCGCGCCGCGCCCUCGGACACCUACCGCAUUUGGAAGCGCGGCGCGGACCUGCGCGCGGACACCACGCUCGCCGGAUUCGACGGCCUCCGCAUCCGCCGCGCGGACCACUCCUUCCUCUUCUUCGGCGAGGAGGCCAGCGCCGGCGGUCGUCGCCUCCCCCCGGGCUCGCUACUCGUGCUCCACCGCGGCCGGCGCGAGGUGCACGACGCGUUCGCGGCGGCCGCGGCCGCCGGCGACGAGGACGCCGCUACCUCAGACGCGGCCGCUUACCGGCCGGGGCUCAACAUCACCUCCGCGAGGCUCGUGCCAAGAACCACGUGGCUGCGGAAGGAGAAGACGGAGAACGUCGGGGAGUGGAAGGCGCGGGUGUUCGACGUCCACAACGUCGUCUUCUCUUUCCGCACCCUCAAGGCCGCGAGUGCCGGGCGUAAAGAUUUCACCUUUGAGAUCGCCGGAGAUGAGGGCGAGGACGAAGAUGAGUUCUUGCCGCUGGAGAUCCGGGACGACGACGAGGACGGCGACUUCUUGGUCGCCGACAUCCCGCCACCGACGGCGCGGCGCAGCUGCUACGUGCCUGGCCGGCGCAGCGUGGCGGGCCCGCCCUCGCACUUGGGGACACCGCAGAGGCGGAGGAAUAGCGUGGAUGUGCUGCGACGGCUGCCGGCGUGCGCGUCGGUGGGGCGCGGCGAGGACGGCAUUUUUGGCCGGCACGCGGCGACUACAGGGGGAGCCAAGUGGAAGGAGGAGGAGACGGUGAAGACGCUGCGGCCGGCGGUGUGGCUUACGGAGGACUUCCCGCUGAGCGUCGACGAGUUCCUGCCGCUGCUGGACAUCCUGGCGAGCCGCGUGCGCGCCGUGCGCCGCCUCCGCGAGCUGCUCACCACCAAGUUCCCAGCUGGGACGUUCCCGGUGAAGGUUGCGAUCCCUGUUGUUCCGACCGUGAGGGUGGUCAUCACCUUCACCAAGUUCGUUCCUCUCAUCGAGCCGGAGGAGUUCUUCACGCCGAUGUCAAGCCCCAGCCUCUUGGCGAGCCCAGGGCCAGGAAGCAUCAUGGCGAAGCCCGACACCCACAAGAGCUCCUAUCUGAAGUGGAGCUCCAAGAACUCCAGAUCAAAGUCCGUGAAUCUGUCGCAGGUCGCGGAUAACGCCGACCCCUUCACGAUCCCAAGCGACUACACCUGGGUUAACAACACUGGGUCCAAGAGCCAUGACAAGAAGCCAUCCAAGUCUAAGAAGGGCAAGGGCAAAGAGACCUAAACACAGAUCCAAUGGUAUUGACUUAGUGAAAGCUUAUGUAAGCUAGCACCCAGAGUCUGUAAUUACCAAGCAUCUGAUCUGGGAUGUGCCUCUUAGGUUCUUAGAGUGUAAUCCGAAAGGCGCGGCAGUUUAGCUGCCAGGACAGGGAUUAGAGUGUUAAACUAGGCCUGCCAUUUUCCUUUGGCUUCUGUUCUUGUUUUCAGUGAUUGUUCAGCAAUGUGUUGUAAAACUGGGCACUUCCAAGAUGCAAGAAUUCCUUUGUUGGUUCUUUCAUGUA